GCAUGGCCCCGCUGUGGUGGUUGCUGGGCUCGCUGGUGGCCGCGGUGGCGGGGGGGGGGUCGGUGGAGCAGCCCCCCGCCUCCGAGCCCGCCUGCCCCGUGUGCCUGUGGCGGCGGCAGAGCAAAGAGCUGCGGCUGGAGAGCAUCAAGUCGCAGAUCCUGAGCAAGCUGCGGCUGAAGGAAGCGCCCAACAUCACCCGGGAGGUGGUGAAGCAGCUGCUGCCCAAGGCCCCCCCGCUCCAGCAGCUCCUGGACCUCCACGACUUCCAGGGGGACUCGCUGCAGCACGACGAGUACCUGGAGGAGGACGAGUACCACGCCACCACCGAGACCGUCAUCAGCAUGGCCCAGGAAACGGACCCGGUGGUGCAGAUCGAGGGCAACCCGCACUGCUGCUUCUUCAACUUCAGCCCCAAGAUCAUGUUCACCAAGGUGGUGAAGGCGCAGCUCUGGGUGUACCUGCGGCCGGUGCAGCACACCUCCACCGUGUACCUGCAGAUCCUGCGCCUCAAGCCCGUCACGGACGAGGGCAGCCGCCACAUCCGCAUCCGCUCGCUCAAGAUCGAGCUCAACUCGCGCGCCGGGCACUGGCAGAGCAUCGACUUCAAGCACGUCCUGCAGAACUGGUUCAAGCAGCCCCACAACAACUGGGGCAUCGAGAUCAACGCCUUCGACCCAACGGCAACGACCUGGGCUGUCACCUCGCUGGGGCCCGGCGCGGAGGGGCUGCACCCCUUCAUGGAGCUGCGCGUCCUGGAGAACAACAAGCGCUCCCGGGGAACCUGGGGCUGGACUGCGCGGAACCUGGGGCUGGACUGCGACGAGCACUCCACGGAGUCGCGCUGCUGCCGCUACCCGCUCACCGUGGACUUCGAGGCGUUCGGCUGGGACUGGAUCAUCGCCCCCAAGCGCUACAAGGCCAACUACUGCUCGGGCCAGUGCGAGUACAUGUUCAUGCAGAAGUACCCGCACACGCACCUGGUGCAGCAGGCCAACCCGCGCGGCUCGGCCGGGCCCUGCUGCACGCCCACCAAGAUGUCCCCCAUCAACAUGCUCUACUUCAACGACAAGCAGCAGAUCAUCUACGGCAAGAUCCCCGGCAUGGUGGUGGAUCGCUGCGGCUGCUCCUAGAGCCGCCCUGCCUCCCUCCUUCCCGGCCCGCCCGCCUCCCCCCGGCGCCGGGGGUGCCCCUCCGAGCGAGCCCCCCCUGCCCCCCGCGCCGCCGCCGCGGACUCCUCAUUUUUUCCGCUUUUUUUUUUUUUUUUUUAAAUUUUUUUUUUUUUUUUUUUUUUUGUUUUGUUGUUGGUUCGGGGCGGGGCGGGAAGCGAAAAGUGACAAAGGCCAAGCGUUGAAAUCGGUUUGGACGGUGGAGGAGAGAGGAGGAGGAGGAGGAGGAGGAGGAGGAGGAGAAUCCCACGGAGCAGCGACCCCGCGAUCCCACGCGCAUUGUGCAAUAAAGCGGCCGGACGGAGAAGGGAAGGGGGGCGGCCGGGACCCCCACGCCGCGGUGGCGACACGGGGACACCGCGGGGACACGGCCCCGGGUGGCGGCUCCCCCGGGCCAGCCCAGCGGGGAGAGCAGCAGCAGCAGCAGGAGGAGGAGGAGGAGGAGGAGGAGGAGGAGGAAGAGCGAGCGCACCCCGCGUCUCCCCGUGCUCCUGGAGCAGCGCUGGGGACACCGCUGGUGACACCCAAGGCGGGGUGACCCCGCCGCCGCGGCCGCAGCGAGGUCCGGCCGCGGGACCCCCGGGACCGGGAGGAAAGCGCCUCCCUUCUUUAAUUUAUUUAUUUAUUAAUCGCCCUCCCGGCCGGCGCUCGCCCCGCUCCCGCCCCUCGCAGCCGGGGCCGGCUCCGGAGGGGCCGCUCCAGCCCGGAGAGCCCCGGGGACCCCCGGGCAAGGGCGGCUGCAGGGGCCGGAGCCUCCGCCCGGGCUUUGGAUUCAGCCCUGGCACCGGCCCCGGGGCCCCGGCGCUCCGCCGGGGGGUGAGGGCGGUCCGGCGGCCCGGGGGUCACCCGGAGGCGACACCAGAAUUGUUGGGAGGCUCCGGCUGGGGCUGAAAUUCCGCUUACGCCGCACAUUCGCCUCCCGCUGCCCUCGGAGGGUUUGGUUUGGUUUUCUUUUUUUUUUUUUUUUUUUUUUUUUUUUUUCCCCUGUUGUUUGUGUUUGUUUCACGUGAGAACGAACCCCCCGCGUCUCCCGAGGCUCCGCCGCGGCUCCUGCGGUUCCCUCUCGGCCCCGAGCGAUGCGGGCGGGGCCCGGCCCCGGCGCCGGAGCGGCCGCGGCCGGAGGAGGCUCCGGGAAGGGGGAGAAGCCCCCGCGGCCCCCCGGGCCCAGCACUUAUCCCCAGGGUGCCGCAGGGGGACGCGGCCCCGUUCCGGGGGGCUCCGGGCGGGAGCGGCCCCGCAGCCGCGCAGCACUUAGCGGGACUCACGGGCCGGGGCCACUCGGCAUCUUUAGCACUUGUCGCCGGCUCCGCGACAGCCCCGCGGAGCCCCGAAGCGCUUACGGGGCCGAGGCAGCCCCAGGGUGAGGACGCGGCCCCCCCCGGGCCCCCCCUCCUGGCGCCGCAGCACUUAAGGGGCCCCUCGUGCCAGGCCGGUGCCACCGCCCGGUGUCACCGCCCUGGUGGCGCCGGCGGGGGCCGGGGCGAGGGGACGGGGAUGGGGACAGCCGGGGAGGGGGGGGCCGGGAAGGGAAGGGAGGGGUCCCCCAGCCCCCCACGCGCCCCCAAAAGGGGCACAGCCUGGCCCCGUGGCCGCCAGCCCCUCGUGGUGGUCGCCAGCCCCUCGUGGUGGCCGCGCCCCCCCGAGCCGGGGAUGCCAAUCCGGGGUCGGGGGUCGGGGCGCCCCCCGGCCCUGCCCGUCGGUGCCUGGGGGGCUCCGGGACCGGCGGGGGGCAGGGGACACCCCCCGUGCCCAGCGCUGCCCCCACCGGGAAAGGUCCAGAACCGCUGGGAGGGACUGGGAAGGGACUGGGAAGGGCCCGGCCCUGGAGGAGCCCCGGAGCCCCAAAAGCCGCGGUCCCGCACCCCAAAAACCCCGCGAGGCCCCGGGGCUGUCACAGGCAGGUGGCACUGAAGGGGACAGGACGGGGAGGGUGGGCACUGGGACCAGUCAGAGCCGGGCACUGGGACCAGUUCAGGACUGGGCACUGGGACCAGUCAGAGCCAGAAACUGGGACCAGUUACCUCCGGACACUGCACCAGUCCCCCCCAGCGGGCAGCACUGGUCCCAGUGCCCGGCUCUGACUGGUCCCAGUGGCCAGGACUGACUGGUCUCAGUGCCCGGCUCUGACUGGUCCCAGUGGCCAAGACUGACCGGUCCCAGUGCCCGGCUCUGACUGGUCCCAGUGCCCAGCUCUGACUGGUGCCACAGGCAGGGGGUGGCGGGGGGGUGGCGGCCCCCGAGUAUAUUAUUAUUAUAAUUAUUCUAAUUAUUCUAAUUAUUUCCCGCUCUCGGGCUGUGCGUGACGUCUUAGGUUCCUUUUCUGUUGGUCCGUUCGUUGUUUUUGU